AUGGAUGCUUUCGAUCCCGUAAAUGAGAACCGUGUGUUCGACCCCAAACUUCACCCACACAUACCGGAAGCGAGUCUGCCGCAUUGUUCCGAGUUGACCAAGAAAGGGACUGCAUGCGGUGGAUUACUCCGACCCCAUAUUGUGUGGUUCGGUGAGCAGUUGGACCCGGAUGUAUUACGCCGUGUUCGUAUUGCCAUGACUAGUGCGGAUGUUUGUCUUGUGGUUGGAACCAGCGCAGUUGUUUAUCCAGCUGCCGGGUUUGCACCGGAACUGGCUUCUCGUGGUGUGCCCGUCGCCGAGGUGAAUAUUGAAGAGACAUCAAACACUUGUACUCUGGGGUAG